GUGAGUACAGCUGUGAGCUGAGUAGGCAACACCAAAUUGUGUUAAAUCGCUAAUUAUUUGAGGUAUCAGAUAUCAGAAAAUUUCAGCCCACUCUUUUUGUAAAUUUAUAUACACCCACUCUGGGAGCUAAUUGCAACAACGCCAAAUAAAUAAGAAAAAACUAUAAUUAAAUAAUUUCAAAAAUAUCUAAAAAUAAAGUAAUUUAAUAUUGAUAUUAUUAUUUAUCAUUGAUUAUGAUUAUAGUUGUGUCAAUAAUAAUUGAGUAAUUAAAUUGAUAACAAGCAAACAAAUCAAUUCUAACCUAAAAAUUUAAAGGUAACAUCAAAACGUGGACAAAAAAUGGAUUAUGUACCAGCAGAGCAGAGUGAUUUAUUGUCAAUUAAACCAUUGGGUGCUGGUCAGGAAGUCGGAAGAUCUUGUAUAAUGCUUGAAUUUAAAGGAAAAAAAAUAAUGCUUGAUUGUGGUAUUCAUCCAGGUUUAUCAGGUAUGGAUGCAUUGCCAUUCAUUGAUUUAAUUGAACCAGAUGAAAUAGAUUUAUUAUUAAUAUCACAUUUUCAUUUGGAUCAUUGUGGUGCAUUACCAUGGUUUUUUAAAAAUACAAGUUUUAAAGGACGUUGUUUUAUGACACAUGCAACAAAAGAAAUUUAUCGUGUGCUUUUAUCUGAUUACAUUAAAAUCAGAAAUAUUGCAUAUGAACAAAUGCUGUAUACUCAAUCUGAUCUUGAAGCAAGUUUGAAUAAAAUUGAAACAAUAAAUUUUCAUGAAGAAAAAAAUGUAUUUGGUAUAAAAUUUUGGGCCUAUGUUGCUGGUCAUGUACUUGGUGCAGCAAUGUUUAUGAUCGAAAUUGCUGGUAUUAAAAUAUUAUAUACUGGUGAUUUUAGUAGACAAGAAGAUCGUCAUUUAAUGGCUGCUGAAAUACCAAAUGUACAUACAGAUGUAUUAAUAACAGAAUCAACAUAUGGCACAGUUAUACAUGAAGAACGUGAAGAUAGAGAGAAUAGAUUUACAAAUUUAGUCCAUGAAAUUGUUAAUCGUGGUGGUAAAUGUCUCUUACCAGUAUUUGCCCUAGGUAGAGCACAAGAAUUAUUAUUAAUACUUGAUGAAUAUUGGGCAUUACAUCCAGAGCUACAUGAAAUACCAAUAUAUUAUGCAUCAUCACUUGCUAAAAAAUGUAUGACUGUUUAUCAAACAUAUGUUAAUGCAAUGAAUGAUAAAAUACGUCGUCAAGUUGCAAUUAAUAAUCCAUUUGUAUUUAAACACAUAUCAUAUUUGAAAGAUAUUGAUUAUUUUGAUUAUAUUGGUCCUUGUGUUAUCAUGGCAUCACCAGGUAUGAUGCAAACUGGUUUAUCAAGAGAAUUAUUUGAAUCAUGGUGUACUGAUGCUACUAAUGGUGUUAUUAUUUCUGGAUAUUGUGUUGAGGGUACACUUGCUAAAACAAUUCUAUCUGAACCAAAAGAUAUUGAAACGUUGAGUGGAGAAAAAUUACCAUUAAAAAUGUCUGUACAUCAAAUAUCAUUUUCAGCACAUACAGAUUAUCAACAAACAUCUGAAUUUAUAAGAAUUUUAAAACCACGACAUGUUGUACUGGUACAUGGUGAAGCUUAUGAAAUGGGAAGAUUAAAAGCAGCAUUGCAACGUGAAUAUGAAGAUGAUCCAUCAACAACAAUCGAAAUACAUAACCCAAGAAAUACUGUUGCAGUUAAAUUAUAUUUUUCUGGUGAAAAAACAGCUAAGGUUGUGGGUACACUUGCUAUUGAUACACCAAAACCAGGACAAAUUUUAUCUGGUGUUAUUGUUAAAAGAAAUUUUAGCUAUCAUAUGUUAGCACCAUCUGAUUUAUCAAAAUAUACUGAUAUGGGUAUUGCACAAAUUGUACAAAGACAAAGUAUUGCUUUUAAUUCAUCAUGGUCUGUACUUAAACAUUUACUACAACAAAUAUCUGGUGCACUUGAUAUUAUUAAUGAUAAAAAAAUAAGAGUAUUUAAUAAUGUUGAUGUUACUAUCGAUGGUAAAGUUGUAACACUUGAAUGGAUUGCAACACCAGUUAAUGAUAUGUAUGCUGAUUCAAUUGUUGUUGCAUUAUUACAAUCUGAAAUGUUAGAAACACCACCAAAAAUAUUACCAGCACCAACUAAAAUGGAUCAUAUGCAUUUUAAAGAAUGUCUCAUUGAAAUGUUACAAGAAAUGUUUGGUGAAAAAUCAGUACCAAGAAUAUUUGAAGGUGAAAAAUUAUAUGUCACUGUUGAUGAUAAAAAAGCACAUAUUGAUUUAACAAGUCUUGAAGUAUCAUGUCCAGAGGAUGAUACGUUUGAACAAAUUGUCAAAACUGCUGUUACCCAAUUGCAUCAAUCACUUGCACCAACUUGUGAUUCAAUUUAAUUAUAUAUUUAUUGUUUGCUAUUAUCUGAUUAUAUUAAAGUUAAGAAUAUUGCAACUGAACAAAUGCUGUAUACUCAAUUUUAUCGUAAAGCAAGUUUGGAUAAAAUUGAAACGAUAAAUUUUCGUGAAGAAAAAAAUGUAUUUGGUAUAAAAUUUUGGGCCUAUAAUGAUGGUCAUGUACUUAGUGCAGCAAUGUUUAUGAUUGAAAUUGCUGGUGUUAAAAGAUUAUAUACUGUUGAUUUUGUUAGAUAAAAAGAUAAUUAUUUGAUGGCUGCUGAAAUAUCAGAUGUAUUAAUAACAGAAUCAACAUAUUUAUUUAAUUAUAUUCAUAUUAAAAUUUAAUUAUAUAUUUUUUUCAUUAUUAUUUUCGAGUAUUAAUUUUUUUUUUUUUUUAUUAUAUUUAUUCAAUGAUUUAAUAAAUCAAACAAUUAUCAUGUUAAUUAUUACUAUUUAAAUAAAAUAUACAAUUUAAUAUAAUUUCAUAAAAAUACA